AUGUCAACAUCUGAUCAUCCAGAGUCAGAUGGUCAGACGGAACGUGCCAAUCGUGUCCUUGAAGAGAAACUUCGAGGAUACGUACACUCCUUUAAGAGUUGGAGUGAGUUUUUGCCAAUGGUAGAGUUUGCCAUCAACAACUCGGUGCAUGCGUCCACGACACAUACACCGUUUUACGUGAAUGGCUUGCGCCAUCCGCGUGUACCCACCUUACUAGAGUGUAACUCUGGUUUAAGGUGGGGAGGGACUCGCGCGAGCAAAAACCGAUUUGGUUCACGCUCAUCACGCUCUGACGAAGAAGUCAUUGCGUUUGAUGCCGAUAUCGAUAACAUCGAUAUCGAAGAAGAUGAUGCCAGUGAGAGUGCGGAAGCCCUCACUGAAGAAGAUGAUCCCAGUGAGAGUGCGGAAGCCCUCACUGAAGAAAAGAUUGAUGUUGCCACAGUGCGCUCACAGCGCACUGAAGCUAACGAGUCAUCAGAUGAGUUCAUACUGGCUCGUGAAACGGUAGUCCGUUUUGUGCAAGACCCCAUCGCCGAAGCGGUGACUUAG